AAAACUGAAAGUUUAGAUUUUAGUUCGCGUGAGUGAAUUUACUUCAAAAAUGACAGAAACUGCUGCAACUGAGACAACUCCCGCCGCUCCCCCGGCAGAACCCAAACAGAAGAAGAAGCAGCAGCCUAAGAAGGCAGCGGGAGGCGCUAAGGCCAAGAAACCCUCCGGACCGAGCGCAUCUGAGCUGAUCGUGAAAUCCGUGACCGCCUCUAAGGAGCGAGGUGGGGUGUCCCUGGCCGCUCUCAAGAAGGCCUUGGCUGCCGGAGGUUACGAUGUGGAGAGGAACAAUAGUCGCCUCAAGUUGGCUCUCAAGGCUUUGGUCACUAAGGGGACUCUCACCCAAGUCAAAGGCAGCGGAGCCUCUGGAUCCUUCAAACUGAACAAGAAGCAGCUGGAGACCAAGGUGAAGGCGGUGGCCAAGAAGAAACUCGCGGCGCCCAAAGCCAAGAAACCCGUCACGGCAAAAAAAACGCCCAAGUCCCCUAAAAAGCCCAAGAAGGUCUCGGCAGCAGCAAAGAGCCCCAAGAAGGCGAAGAAACCGGUAAAGGCCGCCAAAAGCCCCAAGAAGCCCAAAGCUGUUAAACCCAAGAAGGUGACCAAGAGUCCAGCUAAAAAGGCCACUAAGCCCAAAGCUGCUAAGGCCAAAAUGGCCAAGCCCAAAAUAGCCAAAGCCAAGGCGGCUAAGGGGAAGAAGGCUGCGGCUAAAAAGUAAUUUGGUUCCGGUGUCCCUGACUAUCCCCCCCCCCACCCUCAAAGGCUCUUUUCAGAGCCACCACCAACUCCGUCAGAAGAGCCGACACUGACUGCUCAUUGGCUCCAUUAUGUCAGGGAGGCUUUCUGGUAUCUGCUGAAUUGUGCGAUGCCCAGUCCUGAUCUUUCAGCCCCAUCUCCCCUUAACUGUGUCUCCCACACAAGUCACUGCGCAGAACUAGUCUGACACUUCCACCUUCUCCAAACGCUUAAGGUUUAUCCUCCGCUAGAAAUUCAGUCUAAUCGCGCGUUUCAACUAUUCAUUUAGGCCGAUUUUGCCUGUGUAAUAAAGAUUUCUAUUUAACCACUU